AGCCGAAACAGGAAGUAGCUAGUUGGGGAAGACAGCACCCAGCUUCGAAGAUGACAUAGGGCCUAAAUGUGUUUUAUUCCACAUCGAAGGGUUUUGAAAACUGCCAGUUUAAGAAAAAGAAACAUAUCAAACGAAAAUGGGACGUGUUGUCAUUUUAACUGUUAUUUUCCUGGCAACAUUGGCAAACUGCCAGGAGGGCAUCUUGCAUAUUUCAGAUGGCCAGACAGAAAGAGAGUUCUGCAUUGUUCACAAUCACUCAUGGACCCCACUGGCACAAUCCCUCGAUACUGCUACUGUAUACCCUUUGGUAAAUUUGACCUCACAAUUGCUGUGUAACAGCUCAGGGGUCACCCCAGACCUUGUCAAAGGAAAAGCUGUAGUGGUGAUGAGAGGAGACUGUGAUUUCAGCCAGAAAGCGUUGACUGCUCAGGAACUUGGAGCUACCACUUUGCUUAUUGCAAGCAACAAGACUUUGGCCACUCCAUCAGCCAAUGAAUCUGAAUAUUCAAAGAUAACUAUUCCCCUUGCGCUUAUGAGAUACAGGGACUUUUUAGAAGCACAACAGGUGUUCACUGGGGAGAUGCAAGUGAAGCUGUAUGCCCCACCACAAGCAAAGAUAGACCCAAGCAUUGUAGUUAUGCUUCUAAUUGCUAUAAUGACAGUAGCCUUGGGUGGCUUCUGGAGUGGUGCCAGUGAAAGAGAGCGAUUAAGUAGUGGCCAUGCCCAUGAUGACGGAGGAAGAGGCGAAGGCAAAGCUGACAGUGGAGAGCUCUUCCUUUAUUCCCCCCUUAAAGUAGUGGUCUUAGUUUUGGUGAUGUGUGGAAUGCUUGUCCUCAUGUACUACUUCUACAAUAUCCUGGUGUAUGUCAUUAUUGCCAUAUUCUGCCUGGCAUCUGCAAAUGCGCUGUUUUUCUGUUUUGACGCUGUGCUGGAUAAAAUUGGCUGUGGCACUAUAAGGUUUUCAGUGAGAAAUUGGAACUUUUCUGUGAGAUCUAUUAUUCUGGCAUCUGUGUGCAUUGUCAUAGCAGUGAUUUGGGGUGUCUACAGGAAUGAAGACAGAUGGAUCUGGAUCCUGCAGGACAUCCUUGGCAUUGCCUUCUGCCUUAAUUUCAUAAGAACAAUUUCAUUGUCUAAUUUUAAGAUUUGUGUGAUUCUACUGAGCCUUCUGCUUCUAUAUGAUGUCUUCUUUGUUUUUAUUACUCCAUUUUUUACCAAGAAUGGAGUCAGCAUCAUGGUGCAGGUUGCCCUUGGCCCAGAUGCAUCUGGAGAAAAGAUGCACGGUAACAUGGUGGAAGUGCCUGCUGAGCCCCAGCCCCCUACAGAAAAACUGCCUGUAGUGAUGCGAGUUCCUCGCUUCUCAGGCUUGGCCCAGAAUUUAUGUGGGAUGCAGUUCUCUAUUCUGGGUUAUGGAGACAUUAUUGUUCCAGGGUUACUGGUUGCUUACUGCAGCAGAUUUGAUGUCUGGGUAAACAGUGGUCGUAAGGUGUACUUCAUCAGCUGUUGCACAGCCUAUCUCAUGGGAAUGAUCAUCACAUUCACUGUCAUGCUCCUGUCCGGGAUGGGUCAGCCAGCUCUGCUUUACCUAGUGCCUUUUACUCUUAUAACCUCUGCUGUGGUGGCUGGGUGUAGAGGAGAGAUGAAGAAGUUUUGGACUGGAACUUCUUAUGAGGUCUUGGAUUCAUCCAGGGAACCUUUGCUUCCAGAGGGAAGAACUGAGCGAGCCAUAGAAGGUGACAAAUGCUGAUUCAUAAAGCUGGUGAUCUUAAGCACAACUGAGUUUUUUAUUGUUUUAAUACAGUUAAGGGAAUUGUACUAUUUGUGCUUUGGUAAAGAUUUUUUAAAAGUACCAUUUAAAUGAAUAGUGAUUACUUUAUUGAAAGCUAAUUUGUUGAUGGAGUGAGUUUAUAUUAAAGUGAUUUUUUUUAUUGUUUUCCUUGGUAGUAAUGACUAGACUUCUACAAAAUGCCUUGAUAAAAAUUGCAUAUUGUCAAACAAAUGAGCACUUUAUUACUUUUUUGUUCUGUUAGAUAUCUGGGUUUUAAAUCACACCACAGUCAAGAUUUGGUAGCUUUGACAUACUUUGAUUACUGUAGUGUAUUUAAUAUGUGUAUCAUUGAUGAUGUUAAACACAUUAAAAAUGGUUACUUAACUAUUAAACAUGUGUCUAUAAACGC